AUGAAACGCCACAAUGCCGCGAAAAGUGGAGCCAAGCAGUUGACGGCGUCCAGCCCCGGUCCGAAUGGAAUACCAAACGUGGCACUAAAAGCUGUGAUCCUGGUGUAUCCGGACAUGUUCAGGAUGGUGCUGCAGAAGUGUUUAGAUGAUGACAACUUCUUCAAAGUACCCGUGGUGCCGACAAUCGUGAACAUCGACGACGACUUGCUAGUGCCGUCAUCCCCUCCGCGACGCCUGAGCCGGAGUAGCAUCGAUCUGCGCGAUCUGGAGUACAAGAACGAAGCGGCCAAGAUCAAGGCUUCCGAUUCGGUCAGUUCGAUCUUUCCGCUGAACUUUGAGAACAAUCUGCGCUACUCGGGCAGUGAACCGAUCCAGGUGAAGGAGAACCAACAGCGGCGACCGUCGCGGAAAGAGAGCUUCAAACAGAUCAACUUCUUCCAGCCGUUUUUCUCGAGAAACAGUUUGCUCAAGUCCUAUAUCAAGAGUGGCGGUACGGCCGGUAGCAAUUUGAACAAUAGCAAUAAUCGGGACGGUUUGGGUAGUAAUAAUAAUCGGACAGCUUCGGAGAAGAAGUUGAACAAUAAAAACAUUGACAAUCGUUCCAAUAACAAUAUUAUCGACCUUAUCAACGUGACAUCUUCCCUGAACAAGUCGAUCGGAAUGGUUGAUAGGGAGGUUAAUACGCACAAAAGGCACCAGAUGGCAGCUAGCGAGUCGGAUUUUUUGACAAUGAUCCAAAAGCAAAGGUCCUUCCGGUUAGGAGUAUCGAAAAAUAAUGCCAGUCUGAAAAAGAGCAGUAACAAGGAAGGACAUAGGGAUAAUCAAUUAAUGUGUGCACUGAGCGAUUCGGACUUUACUGCUGUCUUCCAGGGGGAUGAGGCCAUUAUGAAGUGCAUAAAGAAUUUGAAGGCAUGUGCGGAGCAAAGGGAUGGUAUAUUUAAAAUUGUUUUGAAUGGAGACGGUGGUGGAAAUGUUUCCACCCCAACAACUGCCAUCACUGAAACUCCGGACAUUCUGAUUGGCUGCUUCGAUCAUGGGUUCAACGGAACGGCGCCCAAGGUGGAAGGUGGUCGAGCCGAGGAAAAUUCGUUCGUUAAAUCAUCCAAUAUCAAAGUUGUGAAUAGUAGUAGUAGCACAGUGAAUCAAACUAGCACAGUAAAUGAAUGUAAUUUAAGCCACGACGAUGGCAAUUAUGUGAUAGAUUUAAUAUCGGCCCUUUCGUCGGCUGGUUCUCCCCCUCACUCGGCCGGACUGCUACCAGAAGCGAUUGUCCGUGAAAAUGAUCGACUUAAAUCUAUCGAUAAGUCUGACAGCAAGAUAGUUAAUCUAAAACCAGUGACACUUUUACCGGACACUGGAAGCCCCAUAAAUGUCCUAAGUGAAGCCUCUACCAUAUCGUUGGAUCUAGUAGCGAUGAAUCCGAGCACAAAACUGCAAGUUCCUACCGACGCAGCAGCGACGAUUGAGGGAAGUAUUAAUCCAGUGGAUCCGCUAGCCGUCAACAAUCCGGACAUCAUUGUCGAGAACAUCCGAAACGACACCUUGAACAAUCAGCAGCACCAGCAGCAGCAGCCGAUGUCAUCGGCUACGUCGUCGACGGUCGUGAUGCCACCGUCGAUAAUGACCACAUCGCCGGUUCAUCCGGCAGGGCUGCAGCGGAAACGACAAUCGUCCACCGUAACGUACAACAUCAAUGUGAUUAACUUUAGCGAUAAUCCCGAUGAUGAUCAGAGCAGCUACCAGAUGAAUAAUCGCAGCGGCGGUGGAGGAGCGGGAGGAGGACACGGUGCUGGAGUUGGCGCCAGGUCCAACAGUUCGACGAGUGAGUACGCUGAUUCGAGUCAAAAGUACACCCGCCGGGGCGCCAUUUGCAUCGUCAUCAACAACGACAACGUGAUCCAUGCCAACGAUACGGACACGGAUUUCGACGAACAGGACGACUUGACGGCCGGUCAGGAUCGUGGGGGAGCGGACGGUGGGUACGACGGUUCACACCGUCAGUGCUGUUCCCAGGGGUACCACGAUGACGGGUCCGGUGCGGCCAACUGUCGCCACAAUAAAUUCCGUAAGAUCAAAUGCCUGUGGAACCACGUCAAGCGGUACGGUUUACGCCGGGGUCCUCUGAGGCGCCGCAAUGAGCCCAGUGAUGGCGGGCAGCGUGCUGGAGCUGCCAGCGCUGAAACCUGCAUGGACAGGCUGACCGUCCCUAGCGCCGAUGCGAAUAGUAGCCGUUGUGGCAGUGUUGGUUGUGGGGAAGGUGGAACCUCAACCCGACCGGCUAAGGGCUGGAGAGCAGAACACAAGGCGGCCAGGACGCUCGGAAUCAUCAUGGGUGUGUUUCUGCUCUGCUGGUUGCCGUUCUUUUUGUGGUACGUCAUCACAACCCUAUGCGGCGAAGAGUCCUGUCCCUGUCCGGACGUGGUCAUCACGCUUCUGUUCUGGAUUGGCUACUUCAACUCGACACUGAAUCCGCUCAUCUACGCGUACUUCAACCGGGACUUUCGGGAAGCGUUCCGGAACACGCUGCAAUCGCUACUGCCGUGCUGCAUCAAAAAGAGCCCGUACGGGGGCUACAACGCUUACUAUGUGUAGUAAUAAGCCUACUUAGGAUAGUUGUUUGGCUGACGCGUCUGUGUGUGUAUGUGUACGAGUGGAGUUUUCUCUGGAAAACAUGGUUUGCUUUGGGAUUAGUUUUGUGUGUUGUCCCUUACAAGGGAUUAGCACGUGUAUGAAAUUGGAAGUAUUUGCGACUGUUGAGGGUUUAAUUUGGUUUUGAAACUGUGGGAGAUAUUUUAUUAAACGGACGAUAUUUGGAACCGGAAGCAGAGUAAAGUUUAUUCCGAACGCUCGUUUUUAUUCGCAUUUGCUUCGAAUAUUUUUUUAGGCAAGAAAAUCUUUUCGUAUUGUGUUCGGUGCAUCAAUUUUGCCGACACGUAGGAUUAUUUUGGGGAGAUAAUGAAAAGUAAUUUAAAUCUGAUUACCAAUUCCUAUCACGAAACAAAUUUCCUGGUUUGCUUUUGAAUGUUUUUGUUUUCCGAUGUGGAAGCUUACUCGCAUCAUAGGUUUGAGCGAAAAAAUAUCCAUCAAUGGAUUAUUUAAUUCAUCACUGCACAGCAAUUGAAAAGCUUUGCAUUUGGUCAACCGACCUGUUAUCUCGGGUCUAUGCUUUUUCCGCAUGUUUGUUUCAAUAGCCCCACUUUCACUUUUUUUUUACUAUCCACUUGAGAGGGUACAAUCCCAUUUCUGGAGUGUGUACAUUUCCGCAUCGGAAACGCUCGUCUGUCAGAUUGAAGCGUUGUUGAGUUAUUCUGAUUGAAAACGUGCUCUUUGAUGAUGAGCUGGCCAACGGAAUGCGUCAAACGCGUUGGCUCUUUGUAUUGUUCAGCAGAGGGGUGCGCCAAUAUAGACAAAACUAGAAAAACUCUAGUAAGAGAACUGCGGAGAGAAAAACAGCAUUUUUGACAACGUAUGCCACGGCAUUGUAUGGCAACUCGUCCAAUGUUAUAAGGAUAGGCAAUGCUCGAUUGGAUUCGUUUUUUGACAGCUAAACGCGAAUCCAAUCGAUCCAAAAUGGAGUCUCCGCAGUUCUCUUUCUAGAGUUUUUCUAGACAAAACACCUAUUGUCCUGUUGAUUACAAUAUUGCGCACUUCCCACCAACCUGGACUCAGCACUUUCGAAGUGCGAGUGAUCAAACUGCUACUGAAAACUGCGAGCUGUCAAAUCACAUGUAACUCAAGUGAUAGAGAUGGUACUUUCAUAGACAGGCCAGUCGAACUAACCAGUCUAUGAGAAGAAUUCAAUAGAAGAAUAGUAAGUGCGUAGUGUGGUUAGAAUCCAGUUUUUAGUGCCAUAAGCAAUAUUAUUUAAGAGAUUCUGUACGAUACCGUUCAGGAUCAGUACAUUGCGAAUUUUUGACAGUCUGGAACAAUAAAUUCCAUCUGAAGUAAUUUUGAGCAAAAAAAUGCAAUCUGGAAAAUAUUAUUUGCUAAUUGAAAGAUGACUCAUUGAAAGGCCAAGUUUUAAUAAUAUAUGCGGAAUAAAAUUUGGACAAAAUUCAAAAGGCAUUUUUUCUGUAUGAAAAUCUUUAAUAAAUGUUCUCUCUAUAUACGAAAACAUUUGUCAGCUUAUUAACUUAAUUUAGAAAAAAAAACUCCUAGGAACUUUACGACAGUUUGCCGGAAUUUUUGGCAAAGCAGUCGAAAAAGUUGAUGUUGACUUUUUCUUGAUUUCUUUCAUAAUUUUUAUUAUCAGAUGUUUGAUAGUUUUAGCACAGACGUAACACUAUGAGGGAAUUCCCUCCUAUCGAUCCGGCAAUUUUCCCAGAAUACUAGCUCCACCUUUUAUUCACCGUCCCAAACACUUAUUUUCUGGUGUGUUACCCCUCAGGCUUGGGAACAAUUUUUCACUAGUGGUCUAUCCCUCAUAUGAUUGUUCAUAUGUCAGUGGCGCAACAAUUUCAAAUGUGGCAACAGUCCCAACUACAAAUAUAUUCAAAAUGACCGUUAAAGCGGGCAUUGUUUUCGAGUGUUAUGUCUGUUAGUCUGUGGUUUUUGGUCAAAAAUUAUUGGCAUAUACUCUCCACUUCAAACUAGCUCAGAAAUCCUCAAUUGGGUCAUUAAAUGCGAAAAAAAAAUCUUUUUAUUACAUACAUCGAUAAAGCUGAUGAACAAUGUUUUUUCCAACUCAGGAAACGUGAAAAUAAUAUUAAAAUUUAAAAUAAAGAAAUAUGUUGACAGUCUGGAUUUGACACUAUAAGAAGCAUUUGACAUAUCGAAUUUCACGACAAAUGAUGCCCUGUCAGAAAAAAAUUAAUACAUGCUUUCCCGGUUUUUCCGCACGGUUUUUUUCAUUUGACAUAAACACCAUGCAAUGCAUAGUUUUUUUUCAUUUUGGGUGUUGUCUUGAUAGGCCAGAUGUAAACAACCGCAGUUUUCCUAUGUAUGGUUGCCAAGUUUACAUAAGAUUUUAUUUAAAACAAAAAAAAUCGUUUUUACGUAUUACAACGAAAUUUUUUUUUAAAUGAUGUUAUAUUAUGUAUAUUGGACCUAAAAUUUAUCGAAUGGAACGGAAAACUAUAUAUAGCUUAAUGACCUAAUUGGACGCAGUUGUGGAUCAUUUGGAGGGUUACCAGCUUUUUGUACAAAAGGUACGCCAUAAUACUGUAUUGCGUUCAUUUUUUUGCGUAAUAUCUAGGUGCCAGAUUAGAGGUUUGCUGCCAUUUUGUUUACACGGUAGGGUAAAGUGCCUAUUUUCACCAUACUAAGCAGGGUGCCUCACUAAUUCAUUAAUUUCUCGGCCUCCAAUCAAUGGAAUGCGAAAGAAUUGACAUCAACAGCUUUGCUUCGUUGUUAAGAACCAAUAUAUUAACACAAAUGCGCUGAAAACAGUGAAAUUCCCGUGUUUGAGCGCAACGAAAACCCGAAUCGAGUGCCCCUAUUGUUGCGCUACCAUAUGACUCAAUGCGUUGAACAAAGAUGGCAGACACUGCUCUAACCAACGGCUUCCAUUGAAUAGGGUGAUAAUAGAAACAUGGCGAAAAUGGGCUCAACACCCUAUCUCCUCGCGGGUUGAAAUCAACACUGGAUGUUUAAAAUAUAGAGUUCUAUGCAAAUGAUUUCACUCACACUACUUGGGGGUUUGUUUUCCUCCAGCUGUCAUAUGUUAAACUGUCAGUCAAUUUAAACGUUUGCUGUUUAAAUGCUCUGUGUCACUGUGAAACUUAUUCUGGAGAUUACAAUACCGGUUGGGUUAGAUCCACCAUGCAAAUAAUCCGGUCGAAAAGCUUUUUUUCGAUUUGUUUUCCUCCACCUAUCAAAAAUUAUGACAGGUGGAGGAAAACAAAUCAUUGAACACACUAAUACUACUGUUACAGAUUGUCAAGUACUCUAUGGGCAAUGUCGUAAAUACAAAUCUGGCGAAGAUGGCACUUUGGUAUUCGUAAGAUGAACCUUACAUGAGUUGUGUGAGUGAUCACAGUAUAAAUCUACUUGCGUUCGUCAUACCGGUCGUUCCGCUUCCAUUUAAUCCUGUGACCGCUAUGACGUCGACCCGUUGUGCUUCAGGAUUGUUUACAUAUUUUUGGUUGCCAACACUAGCAAACCGUGUGUUCUCCCAGUCAAAAAGGGCAAGUUGCUGGCUAAGGGGGGGGGGGGGGCUAUUUGCCAACUCGGAUGCGCUAAUUGCCCUUCAAUUUGUGAGCAAAUUGCUGGCAAUUGGGGGGCUAUUUCAAAUGCAACAUUUGGGCGAUUCGCCGCCGUCAUUUUUUUGCCGCCCAGCCUGCCCUUAAAUCGCCCCCAAAUCGCCCACGGAACGCGCCAUUUAAUCGCCCUUAGUUGCCUAAUAUGAAAAUUAAAAAUAAUGCUUAUUUAUGGAUUCAUUAUCUACUCACAUAUACUUACCAGUAUACUAGGUAAUCACCACCAAAUUAUAGGAAGAAUUAAUGGUGAAAUUGGUAUUGCACUCCAAAACUUACCACAAUCUGAUGUUCAUUAAGAUUUUAGGUCAGAGAUCUUGUUCCGCUAUACUUACACACUAUUUUUACUUGGGGAGACGACCGGAAUAUGAUUUAUAGGAUUUUCGGCCUUUGCGGUCUGAUUAAUCAGAACGGGUGAUUUAUACUGCCCGACGUUUCGGCCACUGGUUAUGGCCUUUUUCAAGGGAAACUGUAAUUUAUUCACGGUUACAAAUAACAUAUUUAAAAAACGGAAAUACAAUUUGUUACUCACUACUUUAUCGUUCUUCGUUUGAGCGUCGUUUGCCGACGAUCGGAGGUUUUUUUAAAAAAGCUUCAAAUAUGCCGUUACUAAGCAAUUGCAUGAAAGUUAGUGGGUUGAAAUUGAAAUAAAUUAAUAUUAUUUUGCUAAACUUACUGGUGGGUAGAAUUGUUCAGUUUUCCCAUCACCCUUUUUUAAUCACUGUGCACGACUCAAAGACACUUUAGAAGAUGGUUGGGGCAAUGUGAGAUGGUAAUGAGUGUGAGAUCAAUUUUGACUGAGUACGUUUAGGAGUGGGCAGUGAGAUGACGGCUUGUCUGUGUGUUGUCUCUGCAAUCUGACGGAUUGUGAGGCUUUGGCUGUGUGGAGUAUUCCAGCGUUGAUAGUACUCAAGCCAUCUACAUCUCUGCGGUAGUUUACGGUGUUGGAUGUGUUGGUAAUAUGACACAUCUCCAAUAUUGGUAGAGCCGUAGUUCGAUAGCUACGAUCAAUAAUUUUUGUUUUGGUCAGAUCGAAGUUAUGUUGUUGCUGUAUGAUGUGAUCAAUGAGGGCUGUUUUUUCGCCUGAGUGUGUUGUUGGAAUAUUUGUCGUGUCGAAUCCUAUGUUGAAUAUUUUGUUGAUGUUGGAUUUGUGUCCAUUGAGCCGUAUUUUUAACGGGAUUAAUCAGACCGCAAAAGCCGAAAAUCCUAUAUAACUUACACACUAUUCCACAAUUUCCCACAUUCGUUGGCUAAAUGAAGUGCACUAGACAAACAAAGUACAAGGGAGAACACACGAAUUGUUCAAAAAACAAUUUCAAGCUUAAGUUUGAAAAACACGAAAAACAACCAAGUCCAUUUCAGCCGCCAGAAAAUUUGUCUAAGUAUUGAAAUUGCCUUUAAAUCGCAUUCGCAAAUUGCAUUUGUUCCGAGGGGCAAUUAGCACAGGCGAGUUGAGUCAAACGUCAAACUUUUUAGAUCGCCUGACCAUGUUCGUCCGCAUUUUUUUUUGACAGGGCUGCUACACCUAUAUCCCAGUCAAAAAGGGCAAGUUGCUGGUUAACGGGGGGCUAUUUGCCAACUCGAAUGCGCUAAUUGCCCUUCAAUUUGCCAGCAAAUUGCUGGCAAUUAGGGGGCAAUUUCAAAUGCAACAUUUGGGCAAUUUGCCGCCGUCAUUUUUUGCCGCCCAACCCGCCCUUAUAUCGCCCACGGAACGCGCCAUUUAAUCGCCCUUAAUUGCCUAAUUUGAAAAUUAAAAAUAAUACUUAUUUUAGGAUUCAUUAUCUACUCACAUAUACUUACCAGUAUACUACACUCAAAAAAAAGUAAACGUUAUGCCUAUUGAUUUUACACAUAGAUUUUUGCAAUUAACGGAGGCAUAUAGACACUAUUUGCUGGCACAUAAACCUAAUGUGUGUAUUUACAAGAAAUAUUAAUCUUACAUUCACAUUUCAUAACUAUUAGACACAUAAAACCCCACUCUAUAACAAUAUGCACAUAUAACUUAUGUGUGUGCAUACAUAGUUUAUACAGUUGACACAUUGAAGCUAUGUGUGCGCGUGAUAACAAUAGCAUUUCUUCUUCAUAUGAAUUUUAAGCGGUUUGAAGCAAAUAGAAUUAACGUUUGGAUUUUUUUCAGUGUAGGUAAUCACCACCAAAUUAUAGGAAGAAUAAAUGGUGAAAUGGGUAUUGUACUCCAAAACUUACCACAAUCUGACGUUCACUAAGACUCUCGGUCAGAGAUCCUGUUUCACUAUACUUACACACGAUUCCACAAUUUCCCACAUUCGUUGGCUAAAUGAAGUGCACUAGAUAAACAAAGUACAAGGGAGAACACACCAAUUGAUCAAAAAACAAUUUUUAGCUUAAGCCAAACAUGAACCGCCAUAUUUGAAAAACGCGAAAAACAACCAAGUUCAUUUCAGCCGCCAGAAAGUUUGUCUAAGUAUUGAAAUUGCCUUUAAAUCGCAUUCGCAAAUUGCAUUUGUUCCUAGGGGCAAUUAGCACAGGCGAGUUGAGUCAAACGUCAAACUUUUUAAAUCGCCUGACCAUGCACGUCCGCAUUUUUUUUGACAGGGAUAUACCUCAUUGCUCUAUUCGUGAUCUAACGCUGGAUGUCGACCGCCAGAUGGCACGGGAGUGCAAUGAUGAUGUUUUUAUGGUUUUAUGGCAUCUGUCAAAACACAUUGGAAAGUAAAUUCUGAAUUUUAUAAAUUCAAUCAAUAUUAUAAUUAAAUGUUAUUUCUUCUAAUGAAAAGUAAUAUUGAUGAAGAAAAUAUGUUUCCUACCUCUGAAAAAUAUCCAGAUGGUAAAUUUCUUGUUACAUCACUAAGAAUUCGUUCAUCCGGUUUCAAUUUAUACUAAAAUGAAAUUCAGAUAUUGAAAUUUCGAUAGAAAACACGAUGGUGAGCAAAAAUCACUGGAUUAAAGAGUGCAGGUGUUGACAGUAGAGGUUAUCCACCGAUAAAUUCCAAUUCUAGCCAAACAUUUUCCAUAUCUAAAACAACCAAUCUAACCUCUACAAUACAAAAAUAAUUCCGGAUCUCAAUAAUUCGCAAUAAAAUAUUGAGUUCAACUGAAUAUUUUGAUGUCAAACGAAAGAACGAGUGUUUUCUUAUCAUCUGUAAUCAAACUUUUGGUGAAACUAUGUGAUAUUUAUUUUAAAACAAUUAAAAUAGAAGAACCAUCCUAUAUCAUAAAUGCAAGAAAAUAUUUUCAUCAUCAUUAUUUGAUUGGUACCAAAAAUGAAAUCUAGUUGGCGCAUCGAGCGAAAAAGUUUCACGUUUGAGAGCCAAUAGAGUUCUAUGCAAACGAUUUCACUCACACUACUUGGAGGUUUGUUUUCCUCCAGCAGUCAUAUAUAAAACUGUCAGCCAAUUUAAACAUUUGAAUUAGCUCUCGUAAAGUAUUUAUAAUAGUGUUGAAAUGCUCUAUGUCGCUGUAAAACUUAUUCGGGGGACGUACAAUUCCGGUUGGUCAUAUUCCAUCAUGAAAAUAAUCCGACCGAAAAGUUAUUUUCGAUUUGUUUUUCUCCAUCUAUGACAGGUGGAGGAAAACAAACCGUUGAACACACUAAUACAGUUACAGAUUGUCAAGUACUUUAUGGGUGCCUAGAGUAUGACGUUUAGUAUGGUGCCUUGUGCAGGGUUGCAUUUUUGUUUAAAUGCUGGAAGGGUUGUCCAAAUUACUCUGCAUACGUUAGUUCGCAUUUUUCAAUGUUUCGAUUAUGUUAUCCUCAGUCAAAUCAAAAACUUCUGACCUACGGUACGUGUUUGUGAUUUUUGGAUUAGGUGUCCAGCUAACGGCCUAGUCGAUCUGUCAGUUACAGAGGGGAAAUAUUUGAAGCACAAAAAUCAACCAGAUAGACUUUAAAGCGUCUACUCAGCGUUGUACAGAGAUGCGCGAAAACCAAAACUAAAAGUUUCAAUCGUAUAGAAAACGACGGUUUUAAUCGUGUAUUGUGAACAAAUAUGGCGGAUUAAGGUUGGAAUUGAAUUCAAUGCAAACUUAUUUAACUAUUUAAUCAAAAUCAAAAUAUUUAAUUCAGUCAAAUAAAAAGUCACCCAAAGUGUACACAAAAUUGCCGGUUGCCAAAACUGACCGACAAAAUAUAACUUAGUAAACCGUGCAGUCAGAUUUUUACACUAUCGUUUUUGUUUUAACUCUAGAACGUUGCACUGGGGUACAAAUGUACCCCGCGCCUUCUUUGGAGCCAUGUAAAGACGAGAAUUCGGCAUUUUCUGACCUGGGACCCUAACCAAAAUUCGAUUUAGAGUUCCUAGUAAGAGUAGAAAAAGGUGGUAUAGCUAGGGGCAGUUACCUUGUGAUGCAUUUUUAAAAAUCAGCGAAAUUAAAUGCAUUUCUUUCCAUCAAAAUAGAAGACGUCAAAACCCUACAAAAAACAGCCCUACAUUCAACAAAACAUCGAACAAAGUGGAUCAGCGUAGGACGAUUGUUAACUAAUCUUUUCUGCGAGGGAGUGCAAAGUUGGUGCAAAAAUGGAAAUCAAAUGCAUUCUUUCUAAGAUGAUGCAAAUUUGCUAUACAUUCCUAGAGUGAUCUGCCCCUAGUAGUAUAGCCAGUUUGCUUAUAGGCUUCGUAGAAGCAGGUGUCAAAGUUGGCGUGGGGUACAUUUGUACCCCAGUGCACAGUUGCCGUUGGCGUUUCGUGCUGUCAGUGGAAAUGUGAUUCGUGACAAUACCAGUUUUUAACUGAUUGUUUUACUACGCAAGUAACAUUCAGCAUUAUAUAAUCAUUUUUAAUCAUUUAUUCAAUUUAUUUAAUUUGAUUUCGAAGCGGAGCAAAAAAUCGUUCUCAAUUUUACUGAUUUUUAUUGUUGUAUUGUUUAUUUUUUUAUAGUUUUUCAAAGCAAUGGCUCGUAAGUAUACCUUGCGCACAAUUACUGCUGUGACGGAAACGUUGCGUGUUACCAAUGUAUUACUGGCCAGAAAUAUUUUUUCAUUUCAAUUUCACCCCAUUUCGUGGCAUUUUCUAAAACCCGAUUUUUUAACUUUCACUCUUCCAAAUAAUUAAACUUUUUUAAAACUAUCGAAAUUUCAUUUUAUUGCGUUUCUAGACCAUUCUUUCAACUUUUAGAAUCAUUUGAUUUUUUCAAAUCGGUUGAAAACUCGCAAAGUUGUAGUAAUGUUUAUGAAAAAAGUCAAAACCGCGAUUUAUUCAGUUUUUAUUUUGUUCAAGCCAAUUUAUGUAUCAUUGAUUCAAUAAAUUUCGUACUUUCACUUGCACAGCUGUUUUCGCAAUUAAAAACGAUGAUAAUAAUGUAUUAUACAUUUCCUUUGUUUGCAAGUUUGCCUGCGAAAAUUGCGAUCAAACGCUUGGGGUAUAUUUUUACCCCAGUGCAACGUUCUAAGGUGGAAAACGCAAGUGCAACGUUCUAGGGUUAAUCUACUGACAUUCUAUUAGAAAAAAAUGAUUUAAGGUACCCUCCUACCUCUCUACUAAAACUCUAGCUCUGCUUCCGGUCCCCCCGAAAUCCGAUCAGUUGGGUGCAGUAUGUGAAAAUCAGAAUAUUGUUGGCAGUCAAGCUAAAAUAAAACAGUCGUCCCACUCCCUCUCGAUGCUCGGGAAUGUUCAAAUAUUUUCAAAUCGUAACAAGUUUCCAGUGUGUUUGUUCAUUGACUGCAUCCUUGCGGGGGUCUCGUACACGUAUGCCGGAGCUGCAAUGUCAACGUUUAGGUAUCGAGUGUAAACUCAAAUAGCAAAAAAUCACUGAAAUGGGAUCGAUAUAAACAGAAAAUAAAAAGUGUGUUCAAUAGAGGCUAACAAUGCCGAUGAGUGUUACCGUUGUAGAUAUCGAUCGAUUUUACGAGUCAAGCUCGUUCAUUCCCACGAAGUGACGAGCCGAUAUCAAUCAGAGAGAAAGAGUGAAUAUAUUUAAUAUAUUUAGAAAUAAACGAAAGCGCAUCCUUUCGCUAUUAGCUAUAUGAUGUAAAAUAAAAGAAAACAACCUGAACCGCCACGUAGAGCAAUCAAGCAAUCAAACCAUGCACCAUCCCUCGUGAGUUGUGACAAGAGCCUGUUCAGAGUGGCGCCAAAUCAUGACUGUCACCCUAAUGGAUUAAGUUUGUACAAAGCCCUUGGAAACGUUUAGUUUAGUAGUGAAGCAACACAGUAAACCCAGAUGAAAGGGCCAGUUUCCUAGUCGUAGUAGAAGUAGUAGUAGCAGUAGUAAUACUCAUAGAGGUAGCUAAGUACCACAUAGUCAUAAAACGGCAAACACAACAUACAAGUCGAACUCGUUGAAUGUAGCAAUAAAUAGUUGUUAUAUCGGACAAUUGUUAAUAGUUAAGGUAAGAUAUAGAAAAAGAAAUUGAAAACGAUCAACUAAAGAGAGUGUGUGUUUUAAGAAACCAUGACGGAUGCAACAUAACAUACCAAAUGAUAUUAGUUGUGCUAGUAUAAGAACAAACAAAAACCAAAAAAUGAAACGAAUCAAAGUAGAGCAAUCGUCGUAAAGAAGAAUAAGAAAAUUUCAUUAAUGUCAGAGUAUCGUAUAUGGCUUUGAUCUGAGCAUUGUUUAUUUUAUUUAUUUGUUCCAAUUUUUGGUUUUUUGGUAGACACCGUAUAACUUCAAAAAAAUUGAACUUACUAUUUACAUUGUUUAAACAAAUCUAACGUUAUAAUUACAACUAGAUUUGAUGACAUUGAAAUCAAAACUAUGUGGAGUUUCCUGGUAUUUGCAGCAAUACCUAGCCACAGGAUUGUUUUGAUCAUAAACUGUACGGUGUCUAAAAUCCACAAAAGAGAGGGUGAUGCAAGAAGAUCGCAAUAUUACUAGACAACAUAUCUAAUAGCGCACACUGUUGUGCUUCGGAUACUUGGUACUAUUUUAACCCCUUCAUGUCAAUGUUGUUUAUAAAUAACGAAGUUUUUAAACAGCUAUAACUUUCUGAUACAAAAAGAUUUGAACACAAAAAUAAGUAAGGCUGUGACUAUUACCUUUCAUUUGAGCACUAACAGUUAUAAAAAUUAUCCCAAUAACUGAAGUUAUUGCAAUUGAUCUGAUUGGAUUCCAUUGGAGCAGUGCUGCCAAAGACAACUUCAGCAAAAGUUGAAAAAUGAAAUUUUCAUAUAUCAUCGUUGUCUUGAAAUAGUUUUCAAAUCUGAUAAAACCUAUCAAUUUAGACUAUCUUCAGCUGCAUUUUCCAUACAAUUUGACUAUUGUUCUUUUCUGAACGCGUUCUAGUCAGCUACUUUGAACGGCGUUGUAUGGCGCCCAUACUUGUACAGCAUACUCCAAGGUGCUCCGGACUAGAAAAACUCUAGAAAGAGAACUGCGGAGAGAAAAACAGCAUUUUUGGCAGCGUAUGCCCCGGAAUUGUAUGGCAGCACGUCCAAUGAUAUAAGGAUAGGCAAUGUUCGAUUGGAUUCGUUUUUUGACAGCUAAACGCGAAUCCAAUCGAUCCAAAAUGGAGUCUCCGCAGUUCUCUUUCUAGAGUUUUUCUACUCCAGACCAGUGCGCAGUAUAAAGAUUUCAGUGCGAAGAAAUCCACAAAAUCGACUGUGUUCCGUUACAGAAACCCCAAUGUUGCAAAAGCCUUCGCCGUUAUUUCAGUGAUGUGGUCAGCGAAACGAAGUUUUCUAUCGAAUAACACUGCCAAGUCAGGGAUAGAAUGGUAUAUUCGCAACGCCUUAUAUUAGCCAAGCGUCCGAAACAUAUCACCUUACAUUUAUCGACGUUGAACUGCAUACCGUUCAGCAAGCACCGUUCCUCUAUAUUGGCUAUAUCGUCUUGGAGCACAGCAGAGUCGAGUGCUGAGGCAAUUGAACGAAACAUUUUCAGAUCGUCAGCAUAGAGCAGUUUUCCAGAUUUAAUGCGUGUGCAGAGAUCAUUGAUGAACAAGAGAAAGAUCAGUGGCCGUAGAUGGCUUCUUUGAGGCACACCGGUUGGCGUUACGAGUGUGCUUGAGCGUGUGGUGCCAAUUCUAACGAAGGCGGAUCGCUGUGAGAUGUACAAGUGUGCAGCAAUCUGGUUACCUAGGCACUACAGUUUCAAAACAGCAAUGUUGUGGGGCACCUUGUCGAAUGCUUUCGUGAGGUCAAAAUAUACAGCUUCCACUUGGUGACGCUUCUCGGCAGCUGGAACUAGAAAGCUUGUGUACAUCAUCAAGUUUGAAGUGGCGGAACGUUUUUUUACAAAUCCGUGUUGGCGUUCGUCGAUUAUGUUGACAUUGUAGACAAACUAUUCCAGAACUUUAGCUAGGUAGUGCAGCAUCGAGAUUCCUUUGUAGUUUUUAACAUUGUGUGCGUCAACAGCCUUAUGAAUACGAACUAUAACAGCUUCUUUUCAUACAAUUGGGAAAACAUUUUCCGAGAUUGAACGAUUUAAAAUAAUACUCACUGAUGCAGAAAGUGCUCGGACACAAUGUUUUAUGUUAGGCCCUUUCAAAGAAUCAACACUGGACAGAGCACUCAAUACAUCGGAAUCACUUACGUUAAGAAGAGGAAGGUUGAUAUUAAGCGUUGACAAUUUUUCAAGGUACUGUUGCGAUGGAUAGACAGGAGUGCUGGUAAAUACUUCUCGGAAGUGGUCUGCAAAAAGAUCGACCGACUCGGCAGCGGACUGUGAAUUUUUGUCUCAAUGAUAGACACUUUCUGGUACUUUCUGGUUCUGGGUUUCGUGGGAUUAUUUCGAAGGCUGCGUUGAACUUGGUUCAAUUAUUUACCAAAUGCACUGUUCCAGGCUAUUUCAUACUGCAGUUCAAUUUGACGAAGAACAGUUUUGUUGUCGUCGGUCCUAUGGUGCGUUGCGUAGGCGACCAAGCUCGGCGUUCCACCACGGAAACUUAUAAUCUGAUUUUUUACUGAAACGUUUUUUGGAAUAUUACGGUGAAGAAUCUCGUAUAUCGCAUCAUAGAAUGCCACAACUGCCUGGUCUAGGUCAUUUCCAACCAGCAUCUCACGCCAAUGGCCAUUGAGACUUCAUCGAAGUUACAUCGAGUAAAGUCAAAGUUAAACUCGUCGUUAAUUGUAUCAAAAGCUUCACCAUCAUCAGAAUGCGCAUCCAGUCUUAAAACGAAAGGUUUAUGGAGAGGCUCUACCUUCAGUAUAGAUGUCGAAGGCUCAACCAGUUCGAACACGUUCGUGUCAUUAACGAAAGCUAAAUCGAGGAUCCGUUUAUUCACGAUGAUAAAAGAGCAGAUUUGAUACAAGCUACCAGCGACCAACGUUUCUGUGAUGUCCGUCUCUUGUUCCGAUGCUGCAUUUUUAGGAAGAUAUCACUUAUAAUCCUCAUCAAAAAUCCACCGAAGAUGAGGAAGAUUAUAAUCAGCUACAACAAGUAUAUUGUCGCGUCUGUUACAUUUGUCCAAGAUGCUUUGGACUGCUGAGGAGUGCACGUUGUACAAGUCAGGUUCGGUCUUAGAUAAAUACCGUAAAUAUAUAAUGAUCGACCAGGCAUUGAAACGCGUACGACAACUUGCUCCAAACAUUGACAUCUAGGCAUUUUUAGUACAGUCCCAGUUAGAUGUUUCUUUAUCGCUAUAAGAACACCACCUCCGCGGUUUAGAUGACUGGUAGAAGAGUUGCGAUCGCAUCGGUACCAAACUUAAUCAACACAGGUUUUUCGUGUUUCUAGACCACAACAGUUUGAAGGUAAAUUAUGGGUGUAUCCCUACAAUAACUAGAAAAAAAAGAAAGGGUUAAAAUGGCAUUCCAAACAACUUAUCUAAAAAGCAUUUUUCAGGCUUAUUGGGUACCUGAGAAGUAUCAGAACUUUUGUCAAUUGAUGAAAAAUCAUAUUUUCAGCUGUUGGAGCAUGUGAUAUAGACGAUUUUUGUACAAUUCAAUGCACAUCAUCCUUGAAAACCUUCAAAUUUUUUAUGGCAUCAUUUCAACCAAUGGACGUAUUCCACUGAACAGAACAGGGUACUCAUAGGCGACAUUGAGGAUUGUUAUUACACUCGAAUAAUUUAUGGCUCGUUUUGUAGAUAGCGCAAAAGUCCAUUCAACCAAUUCGAAAGCAUUUCUUCUUUCACACAGAUCAUCCCGAUAGUGCAAUAUGUUGCUUCGUACAGCUUUUAGAAGUCCAAAUUGUCAACGACCUUACUGUUUUAAGCUCACAAAGAGCGUUUUUUUGUUGAUUUGAUAUCGACCCCCACUACAACUGAUUUGUAAAACUGAUUUGCGGAGCUUUGUUCUGUGCUUGUAGCUGGUGUUGCUUAUAACUUACUUACUUAUCUAAUUUUCCCAUUCGUCAGCGUCUUGAUUCGUAAACUGUGUCAGUUUCUCUCACCUCGAUGAACGGUUGGUCUGCAAAGGUUUGCGUGUCGCAAACUUUCUUCCUUCGAUUUUCUCCGUAUCGAGAACGGCAAACGCAGAAACUUUGUGUGAGCAGCUGGAGUUGGCAGGUUCUGACGAGGGUUUGGUGCUUGGUUUCGUCCUGAUCGAAAUUCCUGCUAUAAGCGAUGUAUGUCCACUGGAGAUUCCGCUUCACACCGGUCUGCCGUGCUCCACUAUAAUGCCUUCUGGAGGCUGCUGUUAUUGUUGGUGCAACUCGUCCCUCAUGUCUCGACAACUCCCUUCUGGCAACUGCGAGUUGUCUUUGGCCUUGCUAGACAGCUGCUCGAAUCCAAUUGAUACUGGCUGGUGUGCCAUGGUCGGGAGGUGGUUUAAAAAAAAGGUUGUUGCUCGCCACACCAUGACAGGGCACCAUUUGUCCCAUUCGGCUAAUGGUGUUUUUGGAGCUCAACAGUUGUAGGCAGGCUGAAACUUGUCGAUAUACCUGAGUAAAUGUUCACGAAUCCACCUUGAUUUCUCGUGCGUGAUACCUGCCUCUUUUUCCUGUGGCUACAUAUUCUAAAGUCUACAGGUUCACGCCCAGGACUAUCGCUGAAAUGAACUUGUCAUCAAGUUUGCGAUUAACGUGGUUUGCCUUCGACCACAAUCCGAAGGUUCUCCUCCACACCAAAUCUCCCGAUUUGAAUGUUACUUCUCGUAUUCGAAGAUUAUAUCUCUGCUUCGCUUUUUGUGACAGUUCUUGAUUCGUCGCAGUACGAGCUCCUGUACUCGCCAAACUGUCGGCAAUCACAUGUCCUGUGCUACAUUGCGGUCGUCUAGAAUGUUUGAGCUUUGUUUCACGUAUAGAUCAGUGUUAAGAUUGGAUCGGAAGUUGGUGAAAUGCGAACAUAUUCCGGUCGCAUCGUGCUUCGCAUUGUUCAAGGCCGCCGUGAUCAGUGAUGCCACAAGUACAGAUUUAUCGAGAAAGGUACAGAUUUUUGAAGCAUUUUUGGUACAGAUUCUGUACGGUACAGAUUACAGAUUUUUGUGAAAAAGUACAGAUUGGUACAGAUUUUUUUACAUGACAGCAAGGUAAAAUAAGUUAACCCUGCGAUGCAUCCCAGUAAACCGCAGGUAAACGUUGUGUUAGGCAGCAGUGAUGGCAAGAAUUUGAAGUGGAGCUGGUACUGAUUGAGCUUGAACUGAAGCUCACAUUAGAAUGCGUAAGGCAAAAACCUGCUUCCUGCAAAUCAAAGGGAUGAUGUCUAAGUGAAAGCCUAGCGAAUCUUCUCGGAGUGCAUACAUUUACUCUGACCUGCUCCAUUUGAAUUCCAAGCAGGUUUCUCGUAUCCUAUUGAUAUUACUAGCCCCAUCUCAGCUUCUUGCCGCUACUCUGUUGGCCACCAUUGGUUACAAACAUAGUGGCAGCGAGAAAUUGAGCUGGAGCUGAUAUUGAUAUCACCCAGUCAAACUCACACGGAAUUCUAACUGGUUUCUUUCGGAAUUCCAGCUCAAAUACAACAACCGAGUCAGAAUGUCUGGUUCGAUUUCCCCGAAUGAAAAAUAUGUAUAAGAAGAAUGAUUUUUUUUAAAAACAACUUUGUUAUUAUUUGGGUACAGAAUCCGGCACAGAUUUUUCUAUAGAAGAGUACAGAUAGAAAAGAUUUUUCAACUCCCGGUACAGAUUUAAUUGUGGCAACACUGGCCGUGAUCCCAGCGAGCUAUGAAUCCCAUUUUAGAUGAUCUUCUUCUAGCUCGAAUGCAGGUGAUUAGGUGAUCGACAUGCUCUGCGUUGUUUACCAUUCGACGGUAAUAAGUCAUCAUGUGCACGAUAUUGUGCCGAGAUAGCGAAGACUUGAAUACCGGCGAUUCUAAUUGUUUUCCAUUGUCCGAAAAGACUAUUCCGGGACUGACUUCAAAAAAAUCUCCUGCUCCAGAAACUGUACCAUCCUUGCUGCGACGGCACUUUGCUUUGGAUGUGCGACGACAUAUUACGUAAUCCAAUCUACGAUUGCUAGCAUGACUGUAUUUCACUGCUCUGAGCGUAUAAACGAAACAACAAAACCCAUUGAUAUUAAUUCUUAGGGAAUUUUUAACCGGUUUCAAGUUUCUCAUCUGUGGCAUCAUCUAGGAAUUUGACGCUUUGCUUGCCUUACAUGUUUGGUAGUAUUUGACGUAGUUGAUCACGCCCUCUUGCAUCUUCAGCUAUUGAAAAAAGCCUUGCAGCUUCCGCAAUGUCCUGUCGAAGCCCUGAUGUGCUCCUGUAACUGAGUCGUGGAGCCUGUGCAUCAAUAUCGCCACGUUCUUUGAAUUUAGACACUUUUUUCCACAAGUGAAUUGAAAUUUCCGUCUUUGACGGCGCCGGUGGUUGAGUGGUAAGCGUGACCGCCACUCAUUCCAGUUGGCCUGGGUUCAAUUCCAGCUGAUGUCGUUGAGAUUUUUCUGAGGUGAAAAAAUCUGUGGUCACGUCUUCCUUCGGAAGGGAAGUAAAGCCGUUGGUCCCCGGUCCAUAAAAUUGGUGGAUCGAUAUCUAGUCCAGGUAGUGGAAUCACCUCUCUGGCGUCGGUAAAGAAGAAGUAUAUCCAACUUCUAUACUCUACUAACAAAAAUAUCCUCCUCCCGUGAUACUUGUGGAGUGCGCAGUAGUAUAUACGGCCUCUAGCAAAAGCAAGUAUCGGACUAACCAUUCCUUUCCUUUCCUUCCGCGAUCUACGUUCGGGCCUGGCCGGCGCCGGUAUUGAUCAAAAACACUUUAGGAUUACCAGGAGUUGCACAUUGAAAGAUGUUUCGCUAAUCCCAAGCAUAAUUAUCUACUGAUUCCCUGUGCAACUUCAGCUAGUCCCGAUCAAUAACGGAGUAGCAGCCAGGGGUGGUCGCACAAGCUCAAGCUCAAGUGAAUUGAAAUUUCCAUCUUCGUCCUUUAUUAGAAAGUUAUUAUAUAGCUCAUUGUACGCCAACCUAAAGUCUGGGAAACGAUCGCCAUCCUUUUGCACUUUAUCCUUCAGCUGCGUGUGCCAUGAAUCCGUGAAUUUUACACCUUUUAUGCAUCCUCGAAACUUCUCGGUGUUCUUCUUCAUCAGCCUUCUGCGUCAGUACGGCUCCAAUCACAACAUUACUCGUAUCGCAAGCAAUAGCGAAUGGCCCUGUAAUGGGUGUUUCGAAUUCAGUCUUUUUUUAUUGAAAACAUAAUGUUUAUUCUUCAAAAAACGUCAAUGCAUAUUGGAGAAGGGGCCCUGGUCAGCCGUACAACGCAACUUAGUCGUGAUGCUCUCACAAGAACGCUGUACGGCACUGACGUCUAUCUUCCGGAUUCUGGUGGUCAACUGUUUCGUAUCCUUGGCUCGCCCAUUAUUUUUGUACACUAGGGCACUGAGGGAACCGAAGAAACCCUCAAUGAUACGGCACUGGAGCAAGUUAGUCCUAUUCCUUUCUUUCGGCACGUACGGUAUCUUUUUCUGCUCAAGAUACUCUAGAGUCUUCUUGACGUAAUAGGAAGACGCCUUGUCCGGCCAGAAGACGUACUUCCCAUCCGCAUGAUGCUCCUUUAAGAACGGCAGAAGAAUUUUCUCAAGACACUCCCUCUGGUACACUUUUUAAUUGAUGGCCAGACCGCUCGGCUUGAACCGCGGCUUUGAAAUCCGUCUGUCCGAUAUGGCGAUGUACAGCAUAUUUUUUUCAAAUUUAUACUUAAACUUAUAUUUUACUCCGGGGGUUUUGGCCGACUUGUCGCUGGAAGCUGUAGCUAGUAGCUGUCAUUAUCUGGAAUGUGGGUUUUCAAGAGCGGAAAGUAACUUUCGUCGUCCAGCACGAACGACGUCCCGCGGUAGUUCUUCGUCAUUCGCCGGCACUGCGAUUUCAUGAUCGCUAUCCGCUCGUUCGUGUACUCGGGAGACCGAGUCUUCUUCCGACAGAUGAUGCCCUCCAUCUUGAGAGUUCGGUGAAUCAAGGUAUGGGAGCAAUAAUAUUUUCGGCCGGCGUCACGCAAAUUCGUUCUGUCCUUGUUGUCGAACAGCUUUUCAACGCUUCCGUCUUCUUAUUAUUCUUCUUCUUCUUUGUCGUUAUCUUCGCCGAAGGCCCGCUAUCGGCCUUCUGCUCUACGCUCGGGUAUGCCAGGAUCCAUUAAACUGUUCUCACGGGGAAGUUUUUGUCUCGAAAGUAGUCUACUGUAAAGUUUUUUCCACGAUGACCAUGCGUUUUGUAAAACCGUACAACACGCACGCGGAGUGCUUUCUGUUUCGACGCCAUCUUCAAUUGAACUGACAACACCCGAGCGAAAAGAGAUGUGUCACCCAUUUCUAGGGAGCCCAAAGAGAAAUUCUCUUGGAGAAAAAAAAUGCUCUUUACUUUAAUUGCAGAAAGGUCAUUUUUUAUUCAUUCUCAUUUUUUAUUGAACACCCGUUACUAUUUACUACUAUGUGUCACUAGCACGUAAACAAGCUGCUUUUUUGCAAUUUUCUUAGACGUCGUAAAACGUUAGUCCAAUGAAAAGGACCUGUAUUGGACAAUACUGAAACAUAAUCGAU